UAAAAAAAGUUUUUUUUUAAACACUUCCGGAAUUUUGUUACCAUGGAGACGACAAAACCCCAGAGUCUUCCCCGGGACGGUGUGUGUUCUUCCUUCAAGAGUUUAAGUUUGACAAGCGUCUCUUAAUUUUUUUUACUCGGAGGCGUCCUCUUUCUCUCUCCCUCUCGCCAUCUCCCUCUUUGAAUGGGGAGACAUGUCUCAAAGGACAUACAAUGAGAUGUGGGCCAGAGCCCAGUUGGAGCUGAGCCGCCUGCUGACAGAAGAGCUGCCUGCGGAGCCUCCUCGUCCAGAAAGGGACCGGGUUGUGUUUUUUCAGCGCGUGGCUGUGCUCUAUGUCCGCUACCUUCAGAUCCUCAGACAACUGGAGAUGGUCUACGAUCAGCUGGUGCAUCCUCAGAAGAGAAGAGUUCUCCAGUCCGUUCUUGAUAACGUGAUAGGACGAGUGCUGGAGCUGAAGAAUGACAUGGUGGAGACGGAGUUUUCAGAAUAUCACUACGUGGAUGACGUCCUUCAUGACCUGAAGCUCAGACCUGCCGACCUUGAGAUCCCUAUUCCUCGCUAUUUCAUAACUGAAUGCAGCAGAGAACUUAGAGAGAGACGGACAAUGCUGAACGACAUCCUUAAAACUGUGGAAAUCAUCGAAAACCAAGAGUCACUAGUGGUUAGAAAAAUGACAACAAUGGAAGCCAUAAAAAUAAUCCAAAUAGUGGAGAGGGCACGCCAAGGACGUCUGAGGGCAAAGUUGAAUGAGGAGAGCAGAAAUAUGAACAGGAUGUUCAAGACCAAGGAGCCCGAUGCUGCUGACAUUGAGUCCGCAGCAGUCUGCAUUCAGAAGGUUUGGAGAGGUUACGUUCAGAGAAAAAGGACAAAGAUUGCCCGAGAUGAAGAAAUGAUUUUUCUAGGAAUGGCCAUGCAUCCCAGGCACCAGGUGCCGUGUCCUGCAGAGAUUGCGGCCCAGGCUACUGCGGCUUGUACACGGCUUACGCAGCAGGAGCACGAGGAAGACUUCCAGAAGUCAGUUGUUACCGUGGCCAAACAGCUGCGAGAUGUAGAGGGUCACGACAUGAGCGAGAAAAUGAAAACUCAAAUACGGCAGUGGUUCAUUGAGUGCCGCGAUGCCACAGGCGUAUUUCCAGAAUAUCCAAAUGAAGAGGACGGAGGCUCAGCUCUAAUCUUUGUAGAGAAGAACCCACAGCAGUUAGUAGAAGAGAUUGCAGAGAAGGAACUAGAGGAUUCCAACAACAGACCAAAAGCAAAGGAUGAGAAGAAAGACAAAGGGAAGAAGAACAAGGGGAAACCUGAAGAAGAAGAGGAGGCAGGGCUGAAGAUGCUUCCUUCUGCUUUUCUGCCCCAUCUGGAAGCUGGAAACCAAAUCUUUGUUGACUUCUGGAAAACACGUGAUGAGUCCAAAAAUUUCAACCAAAGACACGAGGUGGAGCUGAUUAAGGAAGAAAAGAGAAAAGCCAUCGAGGCAGAGAUCAGAUUACAGAUAGAUGAGCAGAUGCGACGGGAGCUAGCUGAAUGGAAGCUAGCUGUGGACAAAGACAAAGGCAGUAAGCCCAAAGCGAGCACCAAGAGGAAGAAGGUGACCAAGAGUGGAAAAAGAAGGAAAAAGGAGAAAGACCUGACAGCUGAUCGGACUCUUGAGUCUCUUUGUCAAGAACUGGUGCAGCAGAGAUUGAUAAAGAAGACGAAACACGUUUGUCUGCAGGAAUAUUUAGGUGACUACAGUUACCUCGGCACAACACUGAGGCAGUACGACAUUGAACCCAUGCCCACAUUGUCAGAUGUACGACAAGUCAUAUCCCUGUAUGGAAUAUUACCUUUAGGCUCUCAGGUGGUUCAUGAAAAGGCUCCUCCGAUUAGAGCCAUGUUACUGGCAGGGCCAGCAGGCGUCGGUAAGACCAUGUUGGUCCAUGCGAUCUGUCACGAGACGGGGGCCACUCUGUUUGACCUCUCACCUCUGAACACAGCAGGAAAGUACCCAGGCAAAAGUGGCCUGGCCAUGAUGCUUCAUGUUGUAUUUAAGGUUGCACGAUUGCUCCAGCCUUCUGUCAUUUUGAUUGAAGAUGCAGAGAAAAUGUUUUACAAGAAAGUUCCAAAAGAAGAAAAAGAGCUGGAUCCAAAGAGACUGAAGAAAGAUUUGUUCAAGUUCCUGAAGUUGCUCAAAGGCGAAGACCGCGUUCUGAUUGUGGGAACGACCACAGACCCUGCAAGUGCUGACAUGAAGGCACUGUGUAAGAUGUACAGCAAAAUAAUCCUCAUCCCACGACCCGACUACGGUUCAAGAUACAUCUUAUGGAAACAUCUUAUUCAAAAGCACGGAGGUGAGGUAACAACCAACCUUGACCUCAGCUCUCUGGCCAAGAUCUCCGAUGGCUACACGCCGGGUCACAUGGUGCAGGUGAUACAGAGAGUCGUCACCAAACGCCGCGUCCUGCAGCAGAAAAACAAACCUCUGAUUGCUGCAGAGUUUGUUUCUGCUUUAGCCAAGUUUGACCCCGUGUUUCAGGAGGAAGAAGAGACACUUAAAAACUGGUAUGCAAAGACUCCUCUUGGUAAGAAGAGAAUUAAGGCUGCCACAGGAAGAGAUGAAGAUGAGGAGGAAACCAAGGACAAGGGCAAGAACGCAAAGAAGAAGAAAAAGAAAGGAAAAAAAUAAGUUGUGAAAUUUUACACACAUCUUUGUAAUGAGCACAUUAUCGCGCAGCCAACUCGGAAAAAAAUAAAAAUAUAUACACUAC